UCGCGGCGUCAGUAAGUCCGGAUCGGCGGUCUUGGGCGGGCGCGCGCGACGCGAGGCUCCUCAGGUACAGAGGCAGAGUCGGCCGCGUGUCGGGAGUGUUGCGUGAAGGCGGCUCAGAGGGGGAAGGCUCGGAGCACUGUGACGUGAAACACUACUUGGUUAUGAACUAUUAAUAACUUUACAUACUUAAGUGAGAGGAAAAAUUUGCAGCCUCAAGCUAACAAAACUUUGGUGGCUGUGGAAAUAUUCCCCGCAUCGUGACGGAACUUUACGGGGAUAAACAAAACAGUGCCUACACAGGAACCUGCUCAACAGUAGCCUGAAGACUGAGCCUCGUGGCCACUUAGCGGAGCUCUCUUUCCACCAACGCUUGUGUGAUGCACGGGUACGAGACGCAGUACUACCGUCAUUUCACACGAGUGCAACAUCUCGUCUGGCACGGGUCAAUGCUCCAUUACGAGGGUUGAUUAGAGUAACUCGGCGAUAAAAGUGAAUAAAACUUCCGAUUCGUUACUGCCGAGCUUUGAUGUGUUGAUGUGCCAGUGGCUGUGAGUGUGACGCGAGACGCCAGUAACGCAGACAAGAAUCAGACGUGGACACCGGCAGCACGAGAGGGCCGAGAACGCGAGUCUCAGCAACCAAUGUAUCAGAUAGGGAACACUGCGUCCUUCUGAACUGCAAGACGGAGUACGGGGAGGAGGAGGAGGAGGAGGAAGGCUAAGAGGGGUUCGUGGGACGCCCAGCAGCACCCUCCCCCCAGUAGCCUCCCUACAGCUCCUCUACACAGCCACCUGACCCCUACAGAGGCGCUACGGACAGUAUCCUGACUAUGGCCCACCUCGGCCACCCCACCACCAAGCUGGUUAUCUUGCUGGUGCUGCUCGCGGCCUCUCUACCUGGGUCGGCGGGCGUCAGGAUCGUGGAGAUGCAGGUGCCGCCCGUGGUGCAGGUGGGCAAGACGGUACACCUGGCCUGCCGCUUUGACCUGGAGGGCGCCAACCUGUACUCCCUUAACUGGUGGCGCGGCUCAGACCAGUUCUACCAGUUUAGUCCGUCGAGCCCCGAGCCUAUCAUCGUGUACGACUCCCCAGGCAUCACUGUUGACAGGCGCGACUCCAGGCAGGAGGUAGUGGUGCUGAGGAACAUCUCCCACGCCUCCGCCGGCCGCUACAAGUGCGAGGUGUUGGCUGACUACCCGAGCUUCGAGAAACACUCCGAGAUCACUGAGAUGAAGGUCAUAGACGUGCCGUCGGGCCCACCGCGGCUGGCUCUGAGCCGACUCCAGUGGUCCCCUGGUGAGGUGCUGAGGGCUAACUGCACUUUUCCUGGAGCGAGGCCACCCUCUGAGCUUCACUGGUACAUCAACGGAAAGAAGAUCUCCCCCCAAAGCUCCCUGCUCGUCCAUCCUGAGAGCAAGAAAGGGGCAAACGAUUUCGUCUCCCGCACCUCCCAGCUGACACUGACGCUGCGGUCGACACACUUCACCACGGGAGGACAGGCCACCCUGACCUGCGAGGCCACGGUGCCGGGAGUGUACCGCAGAAUGGCAAAGGUGUAUCUGUCACUCCCUGGAUACAAGACUGCUGCUCCCUCACUCAAGCUGUACGGCACGGGGAGCGGAUUGCGAGGAGGGGCGACACUAGUGGCAACGUGCUUGGUGUUGCUGCUAUUGUAGGACACCACCACCACCACCACCACCACCACUGCCCACUGCACCAGUAAGCACUCCUCGCAGCGCCAUGGGUCAGUGUGUAUUAAUGGAAAGAACGAAAAGCAACCAGGCUCACCACAGCAUGGUGGCGGCUUACCACACAACACACGAGCAGCCACCAGCAAUGCACCACCGCCCGGCACCGGCCUCACUUCCUGGCAGGAUCAGGCUGACUCUUAACAAUGUAAGGUCGAGUCGUGCUUGUAAAAUUCGCUUCGUGGUUCAUCUCACUGCCAGGCUUUCUAAACACUUGCCUUCCAUCCAAACACACGAGGGACAGGACGCCGUCACGCACCCUGCAGUAGCUCCCAGAAAGCUUAUGCCCA